AUGGAAAGUAUCCAGCACUACGUGUCGGCUCCGUCCACUCCUCGAAGCGUCCUAGCCAACGAAAGGAUUGCGAACGAGUCGAACGCCAAGCCAGCCACCACACAGCUCUUCAGUCAGCUACCGAAUCCACUUUCCACUGCGUCCGUGCUGGCUGUCAUGAUGGUGCAGUGGCUCCAGCCUCUAGUUGGGCUGGGUGCCAAGCACGUUCUCGAGAAAGAAGAUAUUUGGCCAAUUUGUGCAAACGACUCGUGCGCCUCGCUCCAAAGCCGCUUUCGCAUGGUCUACACUCCACAUAAGAAGUUGCCGUUCGGACUCUCCCCCGUCGCCAUGGCUUUCAUUGCCACAUUCAAACGUGAGAUCCUUGUUGUACUCGGCAGCUGCCUGCUGUACAUUUUCGCACUGUCAUCGCAGUCGUACGUGGCACAGGCAGUGCUGCAGUUCCUGGCGGGAGAAGUUAACCUUUUUCACGUGGAAAAUGGUUACUGGUUACUGGUGUUCAUGGCGGCCGCAUCCAUUUUGGCUGCUAGCUCGCUCACCUACGUCUUCUUCGUUUCGUCCAGAACGGGUGCUAACAUGCGAUCCCUCGUGAUGGAUCUGGUGUACCAGAAGUCUCUGCGUUUAUCGUGUGUGGCGCGUCAGCAGUAUUCAACGGGCGAAGUGUUGACGCUCAUGAGCGUGGAUGCCGAACGUGUAUUCACCGUUAUGAUGGAGAGUCCUUGGCUUGUGGUAGGACCCGUGAGUUUCGUCAUAUCCGUCGUACUAAUCGGAUUUCUCUUCGACUUUACGUCUGCGGCGGGUGGAGCUGUCACCUUGAUGGUGGUCAGCAUUGCAUCGGUGCAGUUCGGAAAUACUAUUGCACGAAUCCAACAUGAUCUCCUUGACGAACGUGUGAAAGUCACGUCUGAGUCGUUGCAAGGGAUUCGUGUCAUGAAAUUCUACGCCUGGGAGGAAUUGCUCGCUCAUCGCGUGGAGAAGAUUCGCGCCAAGGAGAUUGCACUACUACGCAAGUUCCACCUGUAUCAGGUUGUGAACACAGUGAUGCUGUUCCUCACUCCGGCGUUCCUGUCCGGAGUCACAUUUGGGAUUUACGUGGCUGUCAAUGGCAAGAUCUCAGUUAUCGACGCCUUCACUCUCAUUGCCAUGGUCAACAUCUGCCGCACUGCGUUGAUCCAGCUUCCUGUUGCCAUUUCCGCUUAUUCGCAGGCUCGGAUCGCAUUCGCUCGAAUUGAUCUCUACCUUUCCAGCGACGACAAAACGGCCGAUGUCGUGGUGGUCACACCUGCUCUUGAGGGAAACGAAGUAUCGACUCAUACGUUGAGAGAAGCCUCCGAGCUUGGAUUUGGAGUAGACUGCAAUGGUCUUAGUUUUAGUCGGAGCUCAUCAAGUGUGAGAGCGUCGAUGCCUGCUGAUGUGAGAGAUGAAGAGAGACGGAGCUUUCGGCUCGAAGGUGUGGAUCUGGAGAUCGACAAUGGAUCGCUCGUGAUGAUCAUCGGCACUGUGGGUGCUGGCAAGUCGAGUUUGCUGAACGCUCUACUGGGUGAAAUGACACUGAAGCGUGGAAGUCUGGACCUCAGAGGUGACGUAUCUUACGUUAGCCAGGAGACUUGGAUCCGCAAUCUGAACGUGCGCGACAACAUUCUGUUCGGAGAAUCGUUUGAUGUCGAGCGAUACGAGACCGUACUGGAAGCGUCAGAGCUUACCAUGGAUCUCCGCGCGCUGCCACACGGGGAUCGUACCGAGAUUGGCGAGCGCGGUAUCAAUUUGAGUGGCAGACAGAAGGCCCGUGUGGCCAUCGCGCGUGCCAUGUACCGUUCACACUAUGAUGUAUUAUUACUGGAUGACCCGCUGAGUGCUGUGGACUCUCAUGUAGCGCACGGCAUCUUCGACAAGUGCAUUAUGGGUCUGGCCAAGUCGAAGACUCGCAUCUUGGUGCUGAACAGCCACUACGACCUGAUUAAUCGUGCUGACAAGGUGCUGGUGAUGCGUGACGGUACCAUUGCCGGUGACGGCACGUAUGAAGAGGUGAUGGCGAUGUUCCCCGAGCUGGAUAUGACGCAAACUGCGAGUGGGAAUUCUGAUGGGGCUGGGUGGCAUAGUAACCACGAUCCAACGCAGGACAAGCAAGCACCUGUGAAGACCUCCGUGCCAGCGACGGGGGCUCAGAUAGAAGAAGGAACCGAAGACAGCCAACAACUCAUUCAAGAGGAGGACCGCAUCAAGGGCACCGUGGCCAGCGACGUGUACAAGACGUACUUCGACGAGUCGGGAAUGAACGGACUCGUCGUUAUCUUCCUCAUCGUCGUGUUCUACACCACCUGCGUACGCACGUCCAAAAAUCUGCAUAACGAUCUGUUCCGUCGGGUGUUGGGCGCUCCAGUAAACCGCUACUUCGACGUCACACCCGUGGGUCGCGUGCUCAACCGCUUCUCUAAUGAUCUCGAUCAGGUAGACUCGGUACUACCCAAGGAUUACCAAAUUGUGGCUCAGCACGCUUCAAUGGCUUUGGGGUCCUUUGUCGUAUCAGCUUUCGUGAGUUACUGGAUCGCGGUUGCGUACAUCCCUAUCAUCGUCGUCUUUGUCGUCACGGCCCGGUAUUUCAAGAAGACGAGCUGCGAGGUCAAGCGUCUCGAAGGAGUCACUCGUACACCAGUCUACAACCUCUUUAGUGAGACGCUAUCCGGGCUGCAAACCAUCCGAGCUUUCAAGAUGCAGGACACGUUCAAACUUCUGAACAAGAAGGUGGUGGAUGAGAACGCCAACAUGUACAUCACAUAUUGGUCGGCGGGUCGAUGGCUAGCUGCACGUCUUGACAUGCUGUCCGUGGUCAUCAUUGUCAUUGUCACAGCGUAUCUCGUAUCUACCAAAGGCCAGCUGAGUGCCAUGACCGCGGGUCUCUCGCUCACAUAUUCACUCAUGCUGACGGCCGUGGUGCAGUGGGUCACUCGAGCUGUUGACCAUGUUGACAGCGCCAUGACGAGUGUGGAGAGACUGCUGCAUUUUCGUAAUAUUCCACAAGAAGAAGAUGCUUCUGACUGCACUCCGCUUAACAGCUCAGUGUGGCCUUUGCAAGGAGCCAUCAAGUUCGACAACCUGUGCCUCAAAUACCGACCGGAGCUGCCACUGGUGCUACGUGGAGUAAGUAUGGACAUCCGCGGAGGAGAGAAAGUCGAUAUCUGCGGACGAACGGGGGCGGGUAAGACUCUUACUAAGAGCUCACUUAUGAUCGCACUGUUCCGCAUCUGCGAGUUCGAUAAUGGCAGUGUGACCAUCGACGGGCCAUUGCGAGAGAACUUGAACCCGUUUGGCGAGUACUCAGACACGGAGAUCUGGACUGUAUUACAGCAGGUCCACAUGGCCGAUAGUCUGGCCAAGUGGAGUGCUGGGCUAGAUUUUGAGGUAUCGGAGUGCGGCGACAACUUGUCGGUAGGACAGCGUCAACUCGUGUGUAUCGGUCGUGCACUGCUUAAGAACAGCAAGAUCGUCGUGCUGGAUGAGGGAACCGCCAAUGUGGACACGGCCACCGACGCGCUCAUCCAGGCCACCAUCCGCCAGACGUUCGCCGACAAGACUGUGCUGACCAUUGCGCACCGCAUCAACACGAUCAUGCAUUGCAAUAAGAUUGCUGUCAUGGACGCAGGCCAGGUGGUUGAGUUCGGGUCGCCGGCGGAUCUUUUGGCGCAGUCAGAGUCGAUCUUCGCGUCGCUCGCCAAACACUCGGAAGAGAAGUUUCUAUGCUAA